UAUUGGCGCUCAAAUGACAACACAUUUGCGCUUUUGUGUCGUUUUUGUGAUUGAAUUGGAUUUGAAUUAAACUUUUGAUUUGAUUUAACACUGAAUUGAAUCGAUAUCUGGAGGAAUGGCCGUCACUUACCCUCAGCUAAGCCACGGGGCUCUGCAGCAGAUUCUGGCCGAUCAGAAGGUCAAUCGACCCAUUCUGCAGAUCAUUGUCUACAAACAGAUGUCACAAUCGGAUCAAUUGAAGUAUAGGUUUCAGAUGAGUGAUGGCGUGGAAACGUGCAGUAAUUUCGUGAUCAUUCUUCCGGAACUGAUCCAAAGAAUAUCGAAGGGAGAGUUCGAGAAGUUCACUGUCGUUGAACUCAAGGCAUACACUUGUACUGUGAAUCCAGGAAUUGGAAGAGAGAUAAUAGUAGUGAGCGAUAUGUCUGUCGUGAUGUCGGGCGCGAAGAUUGGCAAACGUCUGGACAAACAGGAGUCGAACGGAGGCUUUCUGAGCAAUGCUGGCAACACUUCCCUUAAUGGAAAGCCGAGAGCCGAGCCGUCGAAGACAGCGUCUCCGAUGGCGGCGGCGAAGAGUGGAGUGAGUGGUCCGCAGAGCGUGUGUCCCAUCUCUGCCAUCACUCCGUACUUCAACGCCUGGAAGAUCAGAGCGCGCGUCACUUCUAAGGCCAACAAAAGGAAUUGGAGUAAUGCUCGCGGAGAGGGCUGUGUCUUCUCCUUUGAUUGUAUGGACGAGUCGACUGAGAUUCGUGUCAACGCUUUCACCAAAGAAUGUGAUAAAUACUAUGACUUGAUUGAAGUGAAUAAAGUCUAUUACAUCACCAAAGGAACCGUUAAGACGGCUAAUAAGAAAUUCUCGAAUUUGGCCAACGAUUACGAGAUAACACUGAACUCGGAUUCUGUGGUCGAAUUGUGUGCCGACAUCGAAGUGUCCGAAAUGCCGAAAAUACGGUAUCGAUUCGUUCAGAUCAAAGACUUGGAGAGCGUUGCGCUGCAAUCGGUGGUCGAUGUGUUAGCGGUGGUGAAGAAUGUGGACGAAUGUAUGAGUAUUACCAGUAAGAAGACACAGAAAGAGCUCAAGAAGCGAGACAUCGCUUUGGUUGACAAGACGUCAUAUGAGGUUCGGUUCACUCUCUGGAACGAAGUGGCGGAACAGUUCGACGGCCAGACCAACCAAAUCAUUGCCAUCAAGAAUGCGGUGGUCGGAGAGUUCAAUGGACGCACUCUGUCGGGUGUCAGCAGCACUACAUAUCAAUUAGAUCCCGAUAUUCCCGAAACCAACAUUUUGAAAGAAUGGUUUGAAAGAGAAGGUCAGACACUCUCGACCAACACUUUGUCUAAGAGUUAUGAAGGCGUUCGCGACAAUGAAUGGAAGUUCUUGUCGCAGAUCAACGAACAAACAGUGAAUGGCGACAAUCGAUCGUAUUUUAACAUUAGGGCCCGAGUUGUGCAAACCGGACGAAACCCCAUCUAUAAGGCUUGCGGUCAAAAUGGGUGUCUCAAGAAAGUGACCGACAAUAACAACGGUUUCUAUCACUGCGCCAAAUGUCAGACCGACUCCACACAAUUCGAGCCCAGACUUAUUCUGUCGAUGGCGUUGAGUGACUGCACUUCUGAGGUGUGGAUCACUCUAUUCCAAGAACAGGCGGAAAAGAUUUUAGGCAUUUCUGCCAAAGAGUUGCACGAAUUGCAAGAGAGUAAUCCUCCGGAGUUCGUGAAGGCGUUGACCGCUUCUGAGUUCAAGGAAUACUCGUUCAGAAUUGGCUCUAAAGUAGAACAAUAUAUGGAUGAAAGUCGGAUCAAAUCGGUUGCAUUCAAUUACACGCCAAUCGAUGCCAUCAAACACGCGAAACAAUUGAUUAAAAACAUCGCCGAAUGGACCGAUUGAAGAGCUAUUGACACAUUGAUUAUUUGGUUUCACUUUUAAUAAUCCGAUUCAUUAUUUCAUUGUAAUUUCGA